AUGAGGAAAAAAACAAAGCUUUCAUCUAACGAAGAUCUUGUUGAAGAGAGAGAAGAGCUGAUGGUAUCUCCCUCCUCUAAAAACAGAGUUUCUCUGCCCCACAUUCAAACCUCAAACACCAAUUCAAAAAGGAUAAAACUUUCUCUUUUAUCUUCCUCUCCAGCAGUUGAAGAACUUGUUGACGAGAGAGAAGAUUUCAUGGUGUUUCCCUCUGAAAACAGUCCACCUAGUAGCAGUGGAAAAACCCAACUUCUCAAAGCUAAGCUUCCUCUGCCUCCUCCUGACUUAAAGGCUCUGUCUUUGAGUGUUUCUUUCCAUGGGAGUAACCUCUCAAAAGAGGCAGCUUGGGAUGAGUACAACAAGCCUAUUGAGGAGUUGACGUUGUUUAUCCCUUCUCAUUCUGCUACGAUACCUCAUGUCACCUCAAUGUUCUACGGCUGGGGGAAGAAGUCGUAUCCACAACUCCAGCAUUCUUUGAAGGGGAAGGGUGUUGUUGAAUCAUCUGAAACAUUGAAACCAAGAAACAUCAUAGGAAAUGCUUAUGAUGUUACAUCUGCUUCACGUUCUAGGAAACGGACACGUAGGAAGAGAGUUUGUACUAUGGGUCAUUGUCAGACACAUGACAAUGAUGAUGACGAUCUUAGCCUCACCAUUGCUCAAAUUAGGAGACUUAGUAUUAAGAACUGUAGUGAUGUAACUUAUGGUGGAGAAGAUGCUUCUGAACCGCUUGGUAAAAAGAGUAGGUUUGAGAAAGGGAGUGAAGGUAAUGAUGAAGCUGGCAGCAGAACAUGGAAGGAUAUGGUUAGGAGCCCAAAUGAUGAAAACAAUUCUUUAGAUCCUACUCUUGGCUUUGAUGAUGCAACUAACAUUCUUGUGUCAUCACUGCCAGAGAUAAGGCAAAUUUGUGAUGAUGAGCUUGAUGUACUUGGAAGCAAUGUGGAGAAGAUGACUACGAACGAUGAUGGCAACAAGGAGCCAGAGUUUCUGCUCCAUGGAGAAAAGGGGAGCUUAGAGAAGGAAGAUGACAGUUUGAUCCAGAAAAAGAUUGCGUCAAAUGCAGAUAACAAGGAACCAACUCCUUGUCAAAAUAUUGCUUCUGGAGGCUCUGAAAAAUCUUGUGAGUCAAACAGUAGCAAUUCUGUAGGUGAUGAAACUCAGGGACAUGAUUGCUUUGUUCAUGAUACUGUCCUUGGAUGUGAAGAAACUAUGGAAUCCAGUGAGCAGAUAGAAAAGAGAAACGAAGAUGUUGGUGGUAGUGACUUAAUUGAAAAGAGUUUGCAGAAUGUGAAGGUGAUGGAAUUAUCAAUAGAGGAGCGUAUUAUCAAGGUUCAAAGAAAUGUGGCAUGGUUGAAAGCAAGGAAAGCCACAAAACAGAAGAAAAUUUCAGCAGCUCGUUAGGUCUAGGAAAGUUCAAUGCUGAUUUAG